CUAUGGAUAAAAGUAUAUUGGUGUAAACUAGAUCAUAGAAUAUAGAAACUUUUAGAAGUCUGUGGUUAGGUUAUUUUACACUGUGGAGCAAUUAUUUUUUUCAAAUCUUUUUUUUGCGCAAAAAAAAGGACCGGAUGAGUUGCAGAAUAGUUUUUAUUAUAUUUUUAAGUAAUAUGUUAAAUAGAAUAUCUUCUAAGGCACUGCUUUAUAAAAAUGGUGAAUGAAGUAUUUGAUGAAACACUCAGAGAAAUGCAAUUAAUAAGCUCUGAUGAUGAGGGAUCUAUUCGAUCGCCAUUUGGUAAAGGGCAAAAACUUGUGAACAAGAUACAGAUGAAAAAGCAGUUAGGCCUCUUAGAAGGGAUAGCCAUUAUAUUAGGAAUUAUAUUUGGCUCAGGCAUUUUUAUUUCACCAAAAGGAGUGAUACAAGAGGUGGGCAGUGUAGGAGUGUCUCUAAUCAUAUGGGUAUUAUGUGGUCUGCUCUCUAUGGUUGGUGCCUUGUGCUACGCAGAAUUAGGUACUAGCGUACCUCGCAGUGGAGGAGAUUAUGCCUAUAUUCAUGAAGCAUUUGGUGCGCUACCUUCAUUUUUGUACUUAUGGGCUGCUAAUUUAAUUUUUGUACCUACAACAAAUGCUAUCAUGGGAUUGACUUUUGCUCAAUAUGUCUUACAACCAUUUUUUCCUAAUUGUGCCACUCCAGACUAUGGUGUGCGACUAAUUGCUGCACUGAGUAUAUGCUUCCUUACGUUCAUCAAUUGUUACGACGUAAAAGAAACUUCUAAGAUGCAGAAUAUAUUUAUGUUUGCUAAAAUCGGGGCUCUGACGAUUAUUAUUCUGGCUGGGUUAAUCUGGCUUUGCAUGGGACAUACAGAAAAUUUUGAAAAUGCUUUUGAAAACACGAAUACCGAUCCUGGUAAAAUUGCUGUGGCCUUUUAUUCUGGAAUAUUUUCUUACUCAGGAUGGAAUUAUUUGAAUUUUAUGACAGAGGAAUUGAGAGAUCCUUAUGUGAAUCUACCACGCGCAAUAUAUAUAUCACUGCCAUUAGUGACCUUGAUAUAUGUUAUGGCGAAUGUUGCUUAUUUAACGGUUGUAACACCAACUGCUAUGAUUGCUUCUAAUGCCAUCGCAGUGACUUUCGGCAAUCAACUUCUUGGAUACAUGGCAUGGACGAUACCUGUAAUGGUGGCUGUAUCCGCCUUCGGAGGAUUGAGCGUUCAUAUUAUGACAUCGUCUAGGAUGUGUUUUGUCGGCGCCAGAAAUGGUCACUUUCCUUCAAUGCUGAGCCAUAUUAACAUGUCCAGACUCACACCCACACCUGCCUUAAUAUUUCUGUGUAUUUUAUCCCUUCUAAUGUUAUGUACGAGUGAUAUAUUUGUACUGAUUCCGUAUUGCAGCAUAGUAGAAUCAUUUUUCAUUAUGAUCUCUGUGGCUGGAAUUUUGUGGCUGCGUUAUAAAAGACCUAAUAUGGAACGACCAAUCAAAGUACCGUUAUGGAUACCUAUAGUAUUCGUAGCAUUAUGCGCUUUUCUGGUUAUCGUACCAUGUUACGAAAGGCCAUAUGAACUCGGCAUGGGUAUUUUGAUCACCACAUCUGGUAUACCGGCGUAUUUCUUCGGUGUCGCUUGGAAAAAUAAACCGAUAUGGUUUCAGAAAAUUAACAUUAAAGCUACGCAUACUAUACAAAAGCUAUUCUUAUCCGCGAGGGAAGAGUGCGAAAUCGAUUAAAUAAACAGCAAGAUUCCAGAACCAAAUUCGGUGGAAUAAAUGAAACUAAGAAUCUGUGAAAUGCUCUUUCCGAGAUAAUCUGAAGAUCGUAGAAUUCCACGUGAAUUCUAAUAUCGUAAAAAAAAAAAAAUAAUAAUUUAAAAGAAGGCGAAAAUACACACAUUUUUAAAAGUUAUAAGAUACGAGCCAUCAGAAAAUCUUGAGUUUAUAUUUAAGAUUUAAUAACAAUACUGAGCGUAAGAGUGUAAAAUGAAGUAAUUAAUUAUGAUGAAGAGUAUAAAAAGAGUUAUAACUAAUUAUGAUUUGUAUUAUGAAUAAGUGAUCUCCUGAGAAUUGUAUUUUAUUGUUCUUAAUAUUGCUAAAGGAUUGUCUUUCACGUACGCUGUAUUAUUGAUAUUAUUAUAUUCUCUAUAUUAUAUCGAUUAAUUAUAUAGUUCAAUAAAUAAUAAAUUUUUUUGAACAAAAAAAA